AUGCUUGCAGCUGAUGAAAUGACCGACCUCAUACGGGAAUUGUAUGCCGUCACUGGCUUCUCUCAGGAAUUUGGUGCACUAGAUGGCUGCCAUUUCCCUGUCUCGCCUCCCAAAGAAAAUGCCAUCGACUACUACAAUUACAAAGGCUGUGUGAUCUUAUCGGCUUUGGUCGACCACAAAUAUCGCUUUCGAUUCAUCAACGUCGGUUCCCCAGGCAGUUGCCACGACGCCUAUGUCUACCACAGCUCAAGCUUGCCAAGCACUGUGACAGGUCCAACAUUUCGGAGCCCAACAAUUUGCGUCAGCAGUGUUGUUGUGCCACCAUUAAUCUUGUGCGAUCAAGCAUUCCCGCUGACGCCCAAUCUGAUUAAGCCUUUCCCCGGUUCCACCAAAACCUCAGCCGAAAAAGCGUUUAAUUAUCAGCUCUCAAGGUCUAGGCGAAUUGUUGAAAAUGCCUUCGGAAGACUCAAGGCCCGUUUUAGAUAUGUGAUUAAGCGUAUGGAGUGUGAGGUCACCAAUGCUGCAGUAGUUAUAAGAGCGUGUUGUCUGUUGAACAAUAUUUGUGAACAUUUCAAUGAUACUGUAUCCCAACAGUGGAUAAAUGAAGCAGAGCUCCAGAACACACUGUACGAGCAACCACACCACACCACAGGCAUACAAGUUGGAUGUGGCAGAUAUGUCAGAGAUGCACUCGUGCAAUACUUUCAGCAGCACGGAGGUCAUUCGAUUUAA